AUGCCUGAUGAUGAAGACGUUGAACUUCAUGACUCCAUCAUCGAGGAAGAUGGUGACAACGACACACUGACGGAAGAGGAAUUCUCAGAGAAGGCGAGCCCCAAAGUGUCUGAGGACCGCGAGCUGGACAUCAAGAGCACCAACAGUUACAGCAACCAGAACUCUCCCGCGAGCUUCCUAUCGAACCAAGAGGCAGAGCUCGAGUCGCACCUCAGCGACACCUGUGACAGACUUUCCGACUUUAAGACCUCCUCGCCGAGUGACAUUCAGCCGGAGGAUGAUAGCUCUAAACGUAAAGAGGAGACAGGUAACAGCUUGCAGAAAAUGAGGGCGGCCUAUGCAAACUUUCUUUCAGAUUCCUACUGGACAGGGGUGGGAAUGGAACUAAAAUUAGGCAAACACACCAGCAAAGCCAACUGUGACAGUACCAACGGAAGCGCUAAGAAUGAGUUCGACUGGCACCAGGAUGCUCUGUCAAAGACACUGCAGCAGACGACUUCCCAGAAGCCAACGUCCAAACCUAACCUUUUUAGUUCUGUCCACCUGUACCGGCAAAGCAGCAAACCUUGUGGUUCAGUAUUCACAGGUGCCAGCCGCUUUCGCUGUAAAGACUGCAGUGCUGCAUAUGACACCCUUGUGGAGCUGACUGUCCACAUGAACAAGAGUGGCCACUACCAAGACAACAACCUCAGCAAACAGAGUAAUUCCGCAGCCUCAUCCUCUAAAUCAAAGAAACGCAGUUUGCAGGAUCUGGAAGGAAAGGAGGACGCACAGAAAGUUUUGAAGUGCAUGUUCUGUGGUCAUUCUUUCGACUCACUUCAAGAUUUGAGCGUCCAUAUGAUCAAAACAAAGCAUUACCAAAAAGUGCCUUUAAAGGAGCCUAUACCAGUGAUCACACCCAAACUACUGCCACCAGCAAAGAAGCGCGCCUUUGAAACUGCCAGGCCAUGCUCCCCUGACUCUACUACUGGUGCAUCCGGGUUCAGCGACACCCAACGCGCUGGUGCAGCUUGUAAUGCUAAUAAUAAUCGCUAUGGCUAUCAGAAUGGUGCUAGUUAUACAUGGCAGUUUGAGACAUGCAAGUCACAGAUUUUGAAGUGCAUGGAGUGCGGAAGCUCCCAUGACACCCUGCAGCAACUCACCACGCAUAUGAUGGUGACCGGGCAUUUCAUCAAGGUUACCAAUUCUGCUUCCAAGAAGGGUAAACAGCUCGCACUCGACCCUCUGGCUGUGGAGAAGAUCCAGGGGUUAACUGAGCCCACUGCAAGUGAGCAAGAUGCAGAAAAGUUGUCUCCUAAGAAUGUUUCUCCUGUAAGCAGUGAAAGGGACAGCCAAGGGGAAGUUGCAUCAGAAAAAAUGGAAGAAACUGAAGCAAAAGAUGACAAGCAAGAGAGUGAAGAUCAAAAGCCCGGAAAUGGGGAAUUGAAGUACCCCUAUCUCAGGGAGGAAGAUCUAGAGCAGGACUCUGGUGGAGGGGGGGACAUUCUUAAAUCUUUAGCCAACACAGUGGCCUCUGCCAUCAAUAAAGCUCAAACAGGGACGCCAAGUUGGAGUGCCUACCCAAGUAUUCAUGCGGCCUAUCAGAUCUCUGGCAUUAUCAAAAGCACCCCUGUCACCGCUGUGUCACCCCCCACUCAGCUAAAGCAGACAUUCAACCAAAAGCUUAGGACGCUUGCCCCAAAGGGGAAGUGCCAUGGUGCCACGGGCAUUGAAAGUCCCGAGGGCUCUCAUAAAAACUUAGACAUCAAACAAGAAACGGUUGUGAUCAGUGAUGGGAAAGAAAGUCAAAGCUUAAAGCUUGAUCUGAUGGAGACAGAUGACAGCGAUUGUCAGGAUGAUUCCUCUUUCUCUUCAAAGCCCGAUGCAGACUGUGGGAAUGAUGGGAGUGAGCCGAUCAAAGGGAAGCUGAGCCCCAAUUUUUCUGACAGGGGCAAAACUCCGAGCCCUUCUGCCAUUGCUACAGAGCCUCUCAAAGACACUCUGGAUCUCCUUGCUGUAAACCCUCUAAGUGCUCUGCAGUCUGUUCUAAACAAUCAUUUGGGGAAAGCUAAUAAGACUGAUAACUUGCGAGCAGAUAAACUAUCUUCUCAUAUCCGGUCUAUUUUCGCUAACACUAACAAUUGCAGUGACAAGCCUUCGCUAGUACUCGGUAAUCCAGUAAGGAAUAAGAUUAAAGAGACUUUUCGUUUUGCACCUGAUGACCAACCAAUAGACCUGACUAAAGCGAAAAAUGUCAAGCCGAAGUCUUUGCUGCUGCAAUCAUCCACCCCGACGCCACAGAAGUAUGCGCUGUCUGACAUCGCUGACAUGGUCAAAGUUCUUCCCAAAGCCACCACGCCAAAACCCCCCUUGGCACCAAGGCUCCCAGCCAUGAAACUGGAAUCCGACGUCAGACGCUUUGAGGACGUGUCUGCCGAAGUCUACUCAGUACACAAGCGCAAAGGCCGCCAGUCCAAUUGGAAUCCUCGCCAUCUUCUCAUCCUUCAAGCUCAGUUUGCCUCUAGCCUCUUCCUCACCUCUGAGGGAAAGUAUCUUCUGUCUGACCUCGGCCCCCAGGAGCGAAUGCACAUCUCUAAAUUCACGGGACUCUCCAUGACUACCAUUAGCCAUUGGUUAGCAAAUGUCAAGUACCAGUUACGGAAAACGGGAGGCACCAAAUUCCUAAAGAACAUGGACACAGGCCACCCAGUCUUCUACUGCAAUGAUUGUGCUUCCCAGUUCAGGUCUCCAACCACCUUCAUUUCCCAUCUGGAGUCCCAUCUGGGCUUCCAAAUCAAAGACAUGUGUAAAAUGCCUGUGGAGCAUCAGAUUAAGGUGGACGAGGCAGAGCUUCCGAAGGUCCUUGGAGUCCGAGCCUCAGAGACUAUGGUCCCAGAGGAGGACAUUGACUCUAAGUUUAAAUGUAAACUGUGUUGUCGGACAUUUGCCAGUAAUCACGCCGUCAAACUCCAUUUGAGUAAAACUCACAGCAAAUCCCCUGACAACCAUUCACAGUAUGUGGAGAUGGACAAGGAAUAG